AGAAAAGCUAGAAGUCCAGACUUUCAUGUUAAAUUUUCUGAUUUUAAAGGCUGACAGUGAAUUCAUUUUUAAAACCCUGUUGCUCAUACAAAACACAUUUGAGGGCUGGGCGCAGCCACAAGCUGCCAGUGUGUGAUGUCCUUCCUGAGUCUCGUAAGAGAGGAGAAUUGAAAUUUUCACCAGACUGGAAACAGGCAAACGAGACAAAGUCUCUUGCAUUGCUGUUUGCCCCAGUGUGGUAGGCCCUGGCGAUGCCUACCUGAUGAGGAUGAAGAUGCUGAUUACCUUUCCAGAUGGACACAGUUUGAAUGAAAUAUGGCUGUCACACCCUUUUCACUGCAACUAAACCAAAAAUACAAAACAUUCAAUAAGUCACGUAUAAUGGGAUGAGGAGAGCCUAUCAUAAUUAGUUGAUUAAUCAUUGUCAGCCUCUUGUUUGGAGUAUUGAUUGCAUCCAAGCUAGAAUUCCUUUGAGGCUGUCACCUGAAGGACACUGUGACCACAGAGGUCCACCUCAAGUUACUGCCUUUUGCAAAGUGAUAAUGGGGUGCACAGCCAGGUGUAAUUUAAGCACAUCUUCCUACAGGCAGUGGGGUGUUAUGGCUGCACUGCUGUAGCUGUAUUGCUUUCAGCUUUCAUGGGAAUCUUUAUUGAAACAGAAACCUAAUUCCGUUUAGGUUAAUAACGUGCCCACUCAAUCUUCCUUUCCAGAACUAGCCUGAUCCUUAAACUUUCUGAGGUGAGACUGGCAGUGAUUCCUCAUUGCAGGUAGAUAUCUCAUCAGAUAAAGCAGGGUUAGGAAAGGCUUACAUUUUUACUCUGAGUCAUUUUGAUUUUUUUUUUUCUUUCAUGGUGAAAGUGCAGUAACUCUCUCUCAUGUCUGAAUGCAUUGGCGCUAAAAUCAUGGUGUAGGACACAGGAGUUGGCAUGUGUCUCCCAGAUGGACCAAUCUGAAGUUCAAGGGUGGGAUGAGCUUGUAUUCAGGUUUCAAACCAGGACUAUAGCUAUUCAUUCCAACUCUGCUCUUUUAAUCAGGGCUCCCCUUGUGUGAUGAAUGGCUAUGAAAAUAAAAUAUGGUGGCUGAAGGGGAGUCUGGGAAUAUAACAACCGAGAUGCAACUUUCAUCUUUCCUACUCCCAAACCCCCAGUUUCUUCCUCUCUGGAACCAGAUAAGCUGCUAACUCCUGUGGGUGGCUGGGUAUGAGUGAGGCCUUGGGCUUUGGCGGGUUCCAAGUAGAGAGAAUUGUGAGGUUCCUGCUUCUCCCAGUGGGUGGGCAGGUGCCUAGAGAAUGAUGUCAAAGGCCAGGAGUGGGAGCAGCAAACCCUGGAAAGAUUGGGCUGUUGGGGAUAAAGUCAACACAGGCCCAGUGUGUCUGUGCUGGGCUUCCCACCCCAAGAGGCGAAGAAGGAACUGAAUGGGGACUGGGUCCUCUACCCUGUAGCUGGGCCAGUGUGAGAAGUCUGGAGGGAAGGGUUUCCUGCAGCUUCUGUAAAUCAGCCCGUGGGGACAGAGAUUGCUUCUGCCGUCUGUGGGAUUCUCAUCACUUGGGACUCAUAAACCCCCAUGUCCUAAGACGUGAAGAGCUCACACAGAAAAAUACCAUGCCAUCUAAAAGGGGCCAGCAGCCAGAGAGAAAAAGCAAAAUACAUUCCCAGCAAGAUGAAGCUGUGAGAGGCGUGUCUGAGUGGGGGAGGGACAGGGAUAUGAGCUUCCAUGACAAAAUAGCAACUGCUGGUGGGUGGAAAGAGAGGGAGAAAAAAAAAAAAUUCCAAAAGUCUAAGGGAGGAAAAUGGAAAGUAAAAUGAUUCUAAACCUCUCAUCUUAUUGGAGUGAGGGGGAAUCAGAAGAGAGCGGAAGCAUCUCUGUGGGGAAAUGAUGCAAAUUGGUGAGGAAAAUAAUAUCUUGUUCUCAGAAAAAUAUAUAUAUAAUUUUUUAAAAAAUCUGUAUAAGAAGGAGUUAGGCUCCCAGGUCACCUCUCUUGCCUCACCCAGGAUGAGUGGCCCUCCAAUGCCUCCUGGCCAAAGACUCUCCUAGAGGCUGAACCAGAGGGAUUCUGGACUAAAGGCCACCAGGCACACCGAGGCAAGGAAACCACACUGAAAAUGGGGACGAGGUGGAAGAUGAGUUACAGAAAGGUUAUUGAUAUUCAAGAUAUUGAAUACAGUUCCUUGUGCUGUACUUACAUCAGUCUUAAAUAUGAGCAAAUAAUCAAGGAUCACCGGAUACGUGAGAAAAAUCUAACAUGGAAGGCAGAGACCAGAAAGAAAGAUAAAAAAAUUUGGAAAAAAGGAAAAAGUAUAGGCAACAGAAGAAAACUUAAAAAGUCCUCAGUAUCACCUGGAGAGAAAAGAGUCCCCAAAAUGUGAAGGACCACCUGUAUUAGAAGCACUUGUUUUAGGGCCCCAGGAAUCUACAUUUCAAACAAGAGACCCAGACUCAGUCUGAGGGAGAGAGGACCUAACCAACCUGACCUAACUCCGGACCCCAAAAGGCCUCCUGGUGCCUCGAGAAAGGUGGCUAUGGAGCUACAGCUUUAAAUAUGAAACGUGAUCCUUUACAUAUUAAAAUCAAAGGAGAAGAAUUUCCCCUGACUCUGGGCCGGGAUGUGUCUGGUGUGGUGAUGGAGUGUGGACUUGAUGUGAGGUACUUCAAGCCUGGCGAUGAGGUCUGGGCUGCAGUUCCUCCCUGGAAGCAAGGCACUCUCUCAGAGUUUGUUGUAGUCAGUGGGAAUGAGGUCUCGCACAAGCCCAAGUCACUCACUCAUGCUCAAGCUGCCUCUCUGCCAUACGUGGCCCUCACAGCCUGGUCUGCCAUAAACAAGAUUGGUGGCCUGCAUGAUAAGAAUUGCGCAGGAAAACGUGUUUUAAUCUUGGGUGCUUCAGGCGGAGUUGGUACUUUUGCUAUACAGGUAAUGAAAGCGUGGGAUGCUCAUGUGACAGCAGUCUGCUCUCAGGAUGCCAGUGAACUUGUAAGGAAGCUCGGGGCAGAUGAUGUAAUUGAUUACAAAUCCGGAAAUAUGGAAGAGCAGUUGAAAUAUUUAAAGCCGUUUGAUUUUAUUCUCGACAGUGUUGGUGGAUCCACCGAAACAUGGGCUCUAAAUUUUCUCAAGAAGUGGUCGGGAGCCACGUACGUGACUUUGGUGACUCCUUUCCUCCUGAACAUGGACCGGUUGGGCAUAGCGGAUGGCAUGUUGCAGACAGGCGUCACCGUGGGCUCUAAGACAUUGAAGCAUUUCUGGCAAGGAGUCCAUUAUCGCUGGGCUUUUUUCAUGGCCAGUGGUCCAUAUCUAGACGACAUUGCAGAACUGGUGGAUGCGGGAAAGAUUCAGCCAGUUAUUGAGAAAACCUUUCCGUUUUCUAAAGUUCCAGAAGCCUUCCUGAAGGUAGAAAGAGGACACGCACGGGGAAAGACCGUCGUCAGUGUCGUUUAAAUAAACACUCAGUUCGGUGCCUGUGGGCUCUUAUUUGGUGAGUGCCUGUAGGCCCCGACUCUUUUCCAGCCGUCCCUUUCCAGCUUAGACUAGAGGUUCCAUGAAAUAAAUUUAGCACGCACGCGUUUCUGCCAGUCAUUUCCUGUCUGCUGAGCUGAGCAGAGACUGAUUUUAUAGCCACAGCCCCACCCUGUCAUCACCCUGCUCUGCCCAGAGCGUUCUCGCGUCACCUGCCCCGACACGGCCGCACACUGUCCGCCGAGCUCCUCCAUGCCAAGCGCAGGGGAUACACACGUAAGCAGGGACAAGAUAUGAACAUCUCUGCACUUGGACUUGUCUAUAAAGUUGCUGAAAAUUGCCUAUUGUUUUUUCAAGCUGUUCUUUCACAGCAGAUUUGCAAAUUGUGGCGGCACCUUCUGUUCCAGUAGCUCAAACUCUGUUUGUUUUAUCAUGUUAGUAAUUGUGAGAGAUUAGAACUUUCAGCAUGUGGAGGGAUGGCAGCAUGAAGAGCUUACUUAAAGCUAAUUCCUUCUUAGGGUCAUAGUGAGCACUUUUCCCACUGGCCAAAGUUUCCUUUGGUUUUUAUUCCAUCUGCUCCAGUGUGCGGUCAUAACAGCCCUCAGAGUUCUGAAUCUCUUAGGGUCAUAUGUAAAAAUCUCGCCAGCGAUUUGGUUGUUUACGCUUUUAGAAAAUGAAAUGUGAUGUAAAGUUUGUAACUUUUUAAAACACUUACUUUUUUGCAUAAGGCUAGUCCUCUUUCGGCAACUGAAACGUGCUUCUCUGGGGACUUUUCCGUGGAAAUUACCACCAUUCCAUUGGGGACCAGAGUUCUCCAGUUUGACCUGAAAUGCUUGCAUUUAGGUAUCUCGCCAAUAAACCCGUUGCGGCUUUUGAGUC